AUGGCAACGCUAAAAAGGACCGGUGAUAACGACUUAAUACUCAAGAAGUCUAAAGUAUCAAAGGUCUAUUUGAAUAGUGAAUUUAAAAAGGAUUUUGGAUGGUUCUUACAGACAAUUCCCCAUGAAGUUUUGGUAACUAUUCUCAACCAAAUAUCAAAUAAGGAGAAAAUUUCUCUUGCAACUACCUGUAAAACGGUAAGGCAUAUCUUAAUGCCAUAUAUAUUUGCAAAUGUGAAGUGUCCCUGGGAACAAUUACUGGAUGAACCCAAUUGGCCCCUCGAUCCGUCGAUACAACACCUUAUUGAGUCAUUGCGAAUAACUACAUCAUGUUCAAAAAAUGAAUGGACCUACCCAUUUCAAAAGCUCUUUUCAAAUUCGGAAAUUAAUAAACUCCGCAACCUACGAUCACUACAUAUAAACAGCUCUGGCUCCACCAGCUUCUUCAAAUACUGUGAUGUGGCAGAAAACUUGAAAGAAUUAAGCGUUACUACUACUAAAGAAAGAUCACUAUUCAGCUUAGAACAUGUUAGGCCCUUUAAAAAUUUGGAGUAUUUGAAUGUUUCCAAUUUCCAGAUAGAUGACUUUGUAGAGGAUGGCGCUUUAUGUCCAAAACUUGAGAGUUUAAGGCUAAAUAACUGCUCAUGGGAAUAUCCGUUCGAAAUUGAGAACUUUGGCAGAAACAAAAUUCGUUCGUUGAGUCUCGAAUACUCUAACUCGUUUAUUAUCAGUGAGAGGUUCAGAGAUUUUUUGACUCAUCCUGGUUUUACUUCAUUGGAAAGCUUAGAAAUAACUAAUACAGAAACGAAUCUCAAGUUGACUAUAUCACUGGAAAUUAUGAAGUUAAUUAAAAAUAUACCGACGCUACGGGUAUUAAAAUUAAAGGGAAAUAUCUAUAACGAAACCUUGAACAACUUUACCAAGAUUGAUGUUGAAAAUUGUAUGAAUUACAUUGCCCUGGAUAAUGUAAAGGUUUUCUACUGCAGUUUCUUUUCUAAAGGAUAA